AAAUAAACACAGGUUAUUAUAACGUGGAGAGGACAUAUUAAUAUCACUGUCAGUAUUGGUUCCGUGUUUCUAGGAGAUUCAGCCUAACGUUGUAUCGACGUCAUUCCCGCCCGUGACUUCAUCGAUCCAGACCGUCAUCACGCCUACUUAAACCUCUGCUUUCAAUUACAUUCGACUACAAUCUGACAGUUACAAUCAUACUGAAUCACACAGAGUAUUCAUCAUGACACAGCUCUUUCCAUCAAACGCCGCGCAGGUGAUGGUGAUCCGGAAUGUCACUUCGGACAUUAUCAGUUUGAGUCUGCCGUUUGCACGAUUUGGAAAGCUCAAGUUUGGGGGGCGGGGGACGCUAGUCAAAAUGGCCAGUGGUUCGCUGGCGGUGUUCUCUCCCGUCAACUUGACUUCAGAAGUCCAACAGGCCAUCAACUCUCUAGGCGGCAGAGUCAAGUACAUAGCAGCGCUUGAUAUGGAGCAUCACCUCCAUGUAACAUCAUGGAAAGAGGCCUUCCCAGAAGCAGAGAUCAUCGCCCCAGAAGGACUGUGGGAGAAGCGACAAUCCAACCCGGACUUCAAAGACACAGCAUUCGACCACAUCCUCACGAAAGAAAAAGCAAACCACGUGCAUAUCUCAGACGAGUUCGACUCGGAGUUCGAAACCGAGUACGUCUACGGCCACGGCUCAAAGGAAAUUGUGUUUCUGCAUAAGCGGUCUCGGACGAUGAUCGAGGCAGAUCUGCUGUUCAACCUCCCGGCGAGGGAGCAGUACUCGCGAACCAACGAGGCUGCUGGGGCUGGGAUAUUGACCAAGAUGAUUACUCCGAUGCUGUCGGCUGCCCCGCCGGCAACGUGGCAGAAGCGGUUUGCGUGGUAUAUUCUCUCCUCGGCGGAUCGGCCGGCAUUUGCGGAAUCGAUGAAGAGGAUUGACAAGUGGGAGUUUAACCGGAUUAUCCCGUGUCAUGGAGAUAUCAUCGAGAGUGGAGGAAAGGGGGUGUUCCGGACGGUGAUGGAAUGGUUUUUGGAUUCUAAGAAGAAUAUCUAAUUGUAUUAUUAUCGUGAUUCAAGGCGUUGGGGUGAGGAUAAUUAUCGGACGGGGAACAAUGUAACACUAUUGACUUGAAUUUCGUCUAUAUCAGCUGCAAUUACAGGCAAAUUGUUAAUGUAUGACAUCUUCAUACUGAAUUCAUAACACUCUACUUGUUGAUUAGAAUACUCAGAUGUAUUUAAGAGUAGAAUAGCACAAUCUGUAGGGCUGAUGACGUCAC